AUGGGGGACAGAAUCACUGUGGAAUGGGCUCGUCUGGUUUAUGCUGAGGUUGAACGCCAAUUGGCUUCCCAAACCAUCACUACACCUACGCAAGUCAUUGAAGAAAUUGGGAAACACCUUCUUAGUGACCCAGAUGGUCCUCAUCUCAGUGAUAGUGCAUUCCAAACUGCCCGUCGUAUGAUCCAACAAGCACAACCCUCUAUGGUACUACAAAUUGGAGUGUUUGUGGGGUAUCAAGCGAUUCAAUUGGCUGGGUCAAUGCCUUGUGAAGACUCACAUUAUGUGUGUUUUGAACUUGAUCCUGAUUACGCUAAAGUAGCCCGACAGUUCAUAUCUAUAGCCGAUAUGUCCGAAAGGAUCCAAAUACUUGUUGGAGAUGAGAACGAAGUGAUGAACCAGUUUCUCAGUAACUACUCAAGGGCACUGCAUCCUCCUACCAUUGAGUUCAUUAUUCUUAACCACUGGAAGCAUAUAUAUCUUGAAGAUCUCGUGAAACUUGAGCUAAUGGGGUUCAUAACAGAGAAGACCAUAGUUAUCUGUGACGAUAUGGUGUUCCCGGGGUUGCAUCAACUAAUGACUACGGGAGAUUGGAGCGACUCAUUGGCUGAGUCGCAUGACUCAAAAAUUUCACUGGACUCAGAGUCAUCGAACCCUCAAAAGUCACGAGAAUUGUACAACACAUUAGUAGUGUUGAAGCAGUUUUUAUCCGAGGUUAGAAGCGAGUAUUUGGCCAUUAAUAACGAUGGCGUCGGCCCCACCUCCAACAGUCUUAGCAUAGAAGACAAGAACAAGAUCGACGAAGAGUUAAACUACCGGUUUCAGCAGUUAUACGAGAAACUCAAGCUACUCCAGGCGUACGAAGCUAAACGAGAGCUGGUCCGCCUCAAGAACAACGCCUCGUCGAAAGGAUGGUUUGACUCGGUCUUCGGAGAAGGUGUUACCGACAAGGAGUUGUACGAGACGACGGUCAACAGCCAUAGAACUCAAGUACUUGUGUUUCUUAACAGCGCAAUCAGCACCGUCAGCAAAGAAUUUGAACGUUUACAACGGAAAAGAAGCCUGCGAGAGAAGCAAUUGAACCUACUUAACUUCCAGGACUUACAAGACUACGACGACGACGAUGACGAUAUCCCGGCGGUUCAGUUGAGACGACUUUCGGUAUUAGAGUUUGAGCAUGAGCAAAAUAGUAGCACUGUGCCGUUGGAAGAGCUAGACGAUGCCAACCACCACCAUGAUCAACUGCAGCUCUCGUCUGAUCAAAUCCAAGAGUUUGAAGCAGAAAAUAAACAGUUUCUAAUGCUAAAAAAUAACCAAUUGCAGCAAGUGGAACGAUUACACUCUUCAAUGGUCGAUAUCAUGAACUUGCAAUCGGAAAUAACGUUCCAGUUGGACACUCAAGCGGAAAAGGUAUCGACUAUAAUGGAAACCCAAGACGACAUACAAGUAGACUUGACUCAGGGUAACAAGACUUUGACAAAGGCAAGUGUCAAGAACAAGAGAGGUGCUGAUAUGUUGGUGACUUUUUGUAUAAUCAUGGGUGUUUUAAUACUUGUAGUGGAUUAUAUCUCAUGGUGA